AUGGAGUGGAUUGUAGAGGAAGAGUCACCCCCGAAUUCCUAUAGGGUGGAGGAUGCUGAUAGACUAGAAAUUGCAAUUGAUAUUUUAAUAUGCGAUUCCAAUAAGCUCAGGGUGGAAGUGAAUGGUAUGGCAUCUGCUUAUUAUAAAGGUUGUUUAGCUAACGUUGAUCAAUCCCCAACUUUAAAGAAGCCUCUUGUUAACCCCAAAACAUUCAGCUGUACCUCCCAUGUUGUCAACAAAAAAAGCUACAAAAAAACACUGGUCAAAUCUUGUGUUGGCAAGGAAGAUGUUCAACGUGACCAUGAAAACAACGAGAAGCAACAGAAAUGGGUUUGCUCAAGCCAAGAUUUUCGACGCAACAAGUGGACAAACCUUCUAAACUGUAAGAAAAAAUCAAGACUUAUCACAGGAAUAGAGUACCUAGCACUUAUACGCGUGAACUUGGAUAGGACGGACAACACUUGGGUGGCAAAAGACUUCAAUCUGAAACAUAAUCAUGAGUUAGCUUCGAAGAUGGAGUUGCUUUUUAUGCGAUCUAAUCGAGUUGUACCAGAGUUAAUUGGUGCCAAGCAUAGAGAAAUUGAAGACGAUGAAGAAAUUGACGCUAAAGGAGCAUUGAGGUACUUGGAAUGUGUGGGGCGCCCUCAUCUUGAAUUUUUUGAGACACACACAUUCGAUGUAGAAAAUAGGUUGUCAUACCUAUUUUGGGCUUAUGGAAUUUCUCGUCGUUAUUAUGCUUGUUUUGGAGACAUUAUGGCUUUCGACACAACAUAUAAUAAGAAUGCGUACAAAAAGCACCUACUCAUCUUUGUUGGGUCGAAUCACCAUUACAGGACAAUAGUUUUUGCAUUGCUUUAUGAAGAUACCGAAGAGACAUAUAUUUGGGUUUUAGAGGAAUUUCUAGACUGCAUGAAAAACAAACCACCUACUAUAGUUCUCACAGAUGGUGAUCUUGCUAUGGCGAACACAAUACAUAAAGCUAUGCCAACUUAUGUUCAUUGCUUGUGUGUUUGGCAUCUCCAGAAUAAUGUAACUAUUAAUGCGCCUCAUCCUAUUUUCAAGUCCAGGUUUAAUGAACUACUUUAUCAAUAUUGUACCGAGGAAGAGAUUGAGGAUACAUGGAAUAGCAUGGUUUCAGAAUUUGAGUUUGAGGAUAGUUGA